GCUGGAUCACAUGCAACACUGGCAAGGAUUGGAGUCUCUGCACAGUGUAAAAGCUUGACAGCCCGCUUGUGGAACUCCUAUCGAGAGCGACCACAGGCUCAUUGCAGUCCGAUAAACGCUUGUGGUGGGGUCUUAUCUCGGUGUAUCGCUGCAAAGUGCUAUCGUAAACUACCCGAAAGCUACAAACAACAGCAAGGAGCAACCACUCUGCAGAAGAGUAUAAACUGGCGCUUCACACGGAGAAGCUAUGCAACUCCAAAAUCUCGCAGCAUUGGGGAUCCUGCUAGCAUGGGGACAUCUCAUUUAUUCAACUCCGACAAAAUCCAUCGAAAAUAAAAGAACCUAUAAUGUUUGUGAAACAGAGGCCUGCAUCCGCCGAGCCAAGCUUAUUACGGAGUCUUUGAACACGUCCGCCGACCCGUGCACCGAUUUUUACUCUUACGCCUGCGGUGGGUGGAUGGCCAAACAUACGAUACCAGAGACCAAGUCAUCGACGGGCGGUUUCUAUCUCUUAGCGGACCAGCUCAAGGAAACGCUCCGAGACAUUCUAGGGAACGUGACUCUUGUUGAAGAGAACCAGAACGUGACGGACAAAGCAGCCCUUGUCUACAAUGCAUGCGUGGCUGUUCCGGACCUCGACGACCGUCAGGACGUCGUCCAGUUCAUAAUGAACGCUUCGGGACUCGCCGAUUGGCCCAAAACGCGCCAGCAAGCGUGCGCAGAAGGCAACGCCCCGAACGCCACGGCCGUGCUCGCAAAAUUGAGAAUUUCAGCAGUUCUCCAGGCUGACGUUUCGAGGGAUUCCAAGAAUCUCAGCCGCUACGUGAUUCUGCUAGACCAACUCUCAUUUCCGAUGGUGGGCAGAAACCAGCUCAUCAAUCAAACCACCAACAGCAGCAAGCCAAUCAUCGCGGCCUACAAGAACCUGAUGAAAGUGUCCAUGAAGUUCAUGAAGCCUCACCUGUGUGAAGACGAACUCGAACAACUUUCGAACGACCUUCUGGCGUUUGAAGGAAAGCUGGCCAAUAUAACAGCUCGUCCUGAAGAGAGGCGAAACUUCAUACAAUUAUAUAGGAGGGCCACCAUCGGCGAAUUGGAGAGAAAUUUCACACACAUACCAAUUCGAGCUUUAUUGCAAAGAGAGUUCUCCCUGGCGAACAUCACUCUAGCCGACAAUGAGACUAUCGAAACUAUCUCUCUAGCCUACUACGCAAAGCUCGACGAAUUUCUGCGAUGUGCCGAUCCGGAUACGCUGUACAACUACGCCGGUCUCCGUCGCAUGCUUGGCUGGGCUUCUGUCGGAUCGAAGGAGUACCGAAACGCCUCGUUCGAGCUUAAGAAGGUGAGGUACGGAUUGCGCAAGGAAAAGCCAAGGUGGGAAGAGUGCGUCCAGUCAGUGAACGAUAAGAUGUCUGAAAGCGUGGGCUACCUCUACGUGCAGCAGAAGUUCAGCCAGGAGGCCAAGCAAGAGGUCCUGGAUAUGGCCAGUAGGAUCAUGGCUGCCUUCAAUAAAUCUUUACAGGAGAUUAAAUGGAUGGACGAACAGACUAAAUGUCAAGCAGAGGAGAAGCUGCAGAAAAUGGAACGAAAAAUUGCGUAUCCUGACUGGCUCUUCAAUGAGACGUACCUCGAAGGACUUUAUAGAUAUAUACCAAAGCUGUCCUCAGAAGACCCUUACGGGAAAAUGCUGUACUCGGUGUCGCUGAACAAAUGGAUACAAGAAAUGAAGAAGCUACGGCGACCAUACGACAGAAAUGCCGAGUGGUUAGAAGGUGCUGCCGUGGUGAAUGCGUUUUACAACCCAAGUGCCAACGAAAUGGUGUUCCCGGCGGGAAUUCUCCAAGGAAUCUUCUACGAAUACGGGGUCCCACGCUCCCUGAACUUCGGAGCCAUUGGCAUGGUGGUCGGACACGAAAUGACUCACGGCUUUGACGACACAGGAAGUCAGUUCGACGCGGAAGGUGCCCUGAAACAAUGGUGGAGCAACAAAACUCGCGAGGAGUUCAUGAACAGAACAAAAUGCUUCGAAUACCAGUACGGAAACAUCACCGACAAAGAAACGAACAUGACGCUAAAUGGCAAAAACACUGUGGGCGAGAACAUCGCCGACAACGGUGGACUCCGUUUAUCAUUCGAGGCGUAUAAAAGUCUUCUUGAAGUAGAGUACGGAAACGUAGAUACUCGCUUAAAGGGCAUGGAAAAUGUCACCGGGAAGCAGCUCUUCUUCCUGUCAAAUGGAAUGACGUGGUGCAGCUUGACCAGGCCCGAGUACCUGAAGGUGUUGAUCCAGUAUGACCCGCACAGCCCAGGCCGAUACAGGGUCAACUUGCCCAUGUCAAACAUGAAGGCCUUCUCCGAGACCUUUAACUGCACAGCAAACUCAACAAUGAACCCCACACAACGGUGCCACUUGUGGUGAAGAUUCAUCAACGGUAACGCGAAAGCGAGGCUACGGAGUUGUCUACGUUUUCGUAUUGUGCGAGCACCACGACUUGAAAACUCGCUCGUAAAAUAAACAAUGAGCUCCAUGC